CGGACAGAAGUUAUGGUUCGAACGUAAAUAUAGGCCUCAGACGCAGCAAGCAGCGCUAUAAUGCUGUCAAACUGCGUGAUGCCACCACCAACGGCGUUGUCGGGACGCCCGAGCUUGCGUGCAAAAGGAGCCAUACCCGCGAAGCCCCCAGUCAAGGAUGCCGUCAGCUCGAAGGCUGCACCUUCUCAUCUACAGGCCAGGUCUCGGCCAUCGCAGAGCAAUGGGGCAGCAGCUCAAGCGCAAGAAGCUGUUGGUAUAUCCUCGUCAAUGCAACACUCUCGCAGGAGAAUCGGUGUCGAAUAUGCAGACGAAGAAUCGCAGCGCCUGUGCAAGUCUCGCACUGACAUGCGUGUCGUCGUCUGGCUCGAUAUCGACAAUACAUUGUAUAAGCAGAGCACCAGAAUCGCCGACAUGAUGGGCCAGCGCAUACGCGCAUAUUUCAUCAACAUGGGUCUAUCCGAGGAGGAGGCAGAACAGCUGCACAUGCGGUACUACAAAGAGUAUGGCCUGGCCAUUCGAGGCCUGGUCAAACACCAUAAGAUCGACCCGCUAGAUUACGAUCAGAAAUGCGACGCUUCACUGCCUCUCGAGAAUAUCUUGAAACCUGACCGUGAAGUUCAGAGACUGCUGGCAGAUCUGGACCGCACGAAGUGCCGGGUAUUCGCAUUGACCAACGCGUAUCGGCAGCACGCGAAGCGUGUGCUCGCGUUGCUGGGCUUGGAUACGUUCGUCGAAGGCAUCAUCUACUGCGAUUAUGCGAACGAAGACUUCACCUGUAAGCCGGAGCCGGAAUAUUAUCUGGAGGCAAUGGAGGCUCUGGGCGUCGAUGAUCCCAGCAAAUGCUUCUUCGUGGACGACUCUGCAAUCAACGUGAGGGCGGCAAAAGGCCUCAAUUGGGGCUCUUGCAUUCUCUAUCGCGAAAUCGCUGCACCACCAUCGACAGGCGCAGAAAGAGCAGCUGUAUCCAGCUUCAGCGCCUCCGUUCUGCUUCCUCGGGCGAAUACCAGAAAUGGCUCUGUAGAGUCGCGCAAAGCUGCGAAUGGCAGCGCCACAAUUGAUUCGAUUGCUAGCCCCUCUCCAAACGGACUUUUAAUACCCAGCAGCGAAGGCGACUUCGACAAAGAAGCGAUACAGAGAGAGUUCAAAAAAUUACCACAUUCGAUGCGGAUACGCUUACUGCACGUCCUUUUGGAUGCAUGCGUUCCCGGAGACCUCGCUGCUCUGUCAAGAGCACUCGGAAGGUAUAUGCGAAGCACGCGGGAUGUCAUCAGUGCUCUCCCGGACGCAAUAAGCCUCAAAAUCUUUGAGAGGCUAGAGGUCAAAGAGCUUUUACGGUGCCGCCAAGUAUCCAAAAAAUGGUGCACCAUUGCCGCUAACCCGCUACUAUGGCACUCGCAUGCUCUUGCACUCACCGAAGGAGAUCCAGUCCCGUUGACGCCACCGGAUGACGAGAACGAGUGGGAAGGACUCGUCAGGGGACUGUACUUCCGAGAGCGAAAUUGGGCCCGAGGCCUAGCGCAGCGGAUAGACUUUUUCGAAGGGCACACCGGCUUCGUCACAUCCAUCAAGCUCAAAGGCCGCGACACCCUUGUGACCGGCAGCUACGACGAGACGAUCCGGGUAUGGGACUUGAAAAGCGGGCAGUGCUGCAAGGUGCUCAAGGCCAAAGCGAUCUCAUGCCUAGACUUUCUUCUGGACGACGAUAUCCUUUGUGCAGGACUCUACGAUACCGGGAGGGUCAUGGUGUGGGAUAUGAAGACUUGGGAGCUGCUACAUACCCUGUCGGGUCACAAUCGCGGCAUUCGCAAUAUCGCACUCAACAAAGACUACCUUGUCUCAGUCGGCCAAGACAAGGCAAUCGUUGUGUGGGACUGGCGUACGGGCAACAAGAUCGUUCGCUUUGGCCAACAGUCCAAUGUCUCACUAGGCGUGUCGAUCAUCGACAGCGACAAGAUCGUCGCUGUAACGGUCGACGGGAUCAUCCGCACAUUCUCCAUCCCCGCCGCCAAGAUGAUUGCCCAAUUUGACCUGCACAAACUUGGCGAGAAGAAUUCUCAGCUCGCUGCCAAGCUGGCUACUCUGGGUGGCAGCAGCGCGAUGCUUCAGUGGUUCGCAGCGAGUGGCAAUACGAUGACGAUCGCUUCGAAAGAUCUUGUCGUACAUCUUGAAUGGCGAGAGCACAUCGUUGCCGUCAAAGAAAGCGUCUCCGCGUCAAACAUCCGUCGCAGCGCCUCGAUCCGAGGCGUGACGAGUGGCACGGUCUCGCACACACAACGUGAGUCGCUGCAGAGCCCACGCACACCGAGCCGCCUGGGUCUCGCACCAAGCACAAGUGGCGCACCACUGGGAGCCCGUCGCGACUCUACCGCGAGCAACUCAUCUGUGAUGAGCACUGCCAGCGGGCGACGAUCCGUUUCGGGGGGGCAUUCUCGCUCUUCCUCCACAGCACCUUCUGCCACACCUUUGCGGUCGACAGUGGCGAUCACACCAGCACUUCGAGCCACGGUUGUCGGGGCAAGCAAAAGCCCAUUACUGAGUCCCAGCGUCUCGCAGGCGCCCUUCACGCCUACGCCCAAAGAAGGGCGGUCCCUGGUCAAGAGCACAUCAGCAACCUUCCCUUCAUCACCGACCGACGGGCCUCCGAGUCAACCGAGCACUCCCAAGAUCGGGCAGACGCGAUACGCGCCGAAUUUGGUUGCGCCACCGACCAUCGUCGAGAUUCUCAAAACGCCGGACAUGGCAACGGGCUGCGUCGAUCCCGCCAAGCGGCGCAUUGUCUGCUCGACAUUCAGCAGCCGCGCUGGCUCCGACAGACGGCUGUACGCUAGCACAUACUCGAUCGACAAGGGCAGCCUUCCAGGUGAGGUUCCUUCUGACCCUACUUUGGCUCCUGGCUCCAGCGCCGAUAGAAACAAGGACGUCGACGCUGGCGCUCCUGUGCCCACCGCGGACGGCACAAGCUUCGUCGUCAUCGGCGGCGCGUGGCAGGAGCGCGAGGAGGAACUGCAGGCGCCGCCGACGCGUCCACUAGCGCUCGUCGUCGACCACGAGUCGAUCGUGGCGGGCUGCCAGGACGGGACGGUGUACCGGCUCGGCUUCAUCGGGUCCAAGUAUGGGCAGGUCGCGUUGGCGCCGACGGCAGCGGAGAUCGAAGAGGGGCGGAAAUGCGGCCAGAACGGCAGGGCAGUGGAAGGGGUGGAUGCGGUGAUUGAGGACCUGACGGAGCUGCGCCAUGUGUGGGCCAAACUCAUGCUCCCGCCGGAUGCGCCGCUAGACCAUCCGGGGCGCAUCAAUCUUGAUGCGCUGAAGACGAUUGGCCUGAAAUGAAACGCCAUACCUGUUAUACGCUUCUGGAGGGUGUCGUUUCUUUUUCCUUUUGCUGUAAUACACUUCGAGGGAGCCGUAUCGCA